GUUGCAAGUCCUAGAUUUGAGUGAAAUCAAUUUUAAUGCACGAACUCUUGAGUCAUUAGCUGCCUUCCCAUCGUUGAAGAUAUUAAAUAUUGGAUACAACAAUUUGGAAGGAUCGUAUACUACUAAAGAGUUAGGUGCACUAAACAACCUAGAGCAGCUGUACUUGGAUUAUUCAUCAAUUGAUAACAGCUUCCUUCACAAAGUUGGAGUAAUGAAUUCUCUUGAAGUAUUGUCAGUGCAAAACUGUCAUCUCAACGGUAGCUUACCUGCACAAGGCUGGUGUGAACUUAGGAAGCUCCAAGAGAUAGACCUCAGCUACAAUAAUUUUGGAGGGAUACUACCUUCAUGUAUGGCAAACUUGACAUCACUUCAAGUAUUGGAUCUCUCUAACAAUCACUUCACCGGGAACAUUGCCCACUCCCAACUACCAAGUUUGACAUCACUUGAGCACCUCUCUCUGUCAAAUAACGACUUCUUGAUCCCAGCCAAAAUGUCCUUUUCUAACCUCUCAAAUCUUAAGGACUUAUUAAGUGAUAACAAUAAAAUUGCCUUUGAACCUAACUCUCAUACUUGGAUUCCAACCUUCCAAUUACAGUUUUUGAGUCUUUCUAACGGACUCAAUGUCAAUGGCACAACUCCUAGAUUUCUUCAUUACCAAUAUGAGUUGGUAGUGAUUGAUCUCUCUCACAAUAAUUUGGUCGGAAAGUUUCCCACUUGGUUGCUAGAAAUCAAUACAAAAUUGGAGUCCCUUUUCUUAAAUAAUAACUCUUUCACGGGGCCUUUCAUGCUGCCAUAUGAUAUUUGUCACAACAUUAGGAACAUAGAUAUUUCAGAUAAUCACUUACAGGGCCCAAUCCCCAUAAAUUUUGGUUUAAUUUUUCCAAGUUUAGAAUAUUUAAACAUGUCUAAAAAUGCAUUUCAAGGUAGUAUACCUUCUUCUUUUGGGAAAUUGGUUUUCUUACAAUUUCUAGACUUGUCUGAGAAUCAUUUAUCAGGAACAAUACCAAUGCAUUUCGGAAUGGGCUGCCACAACUUAUAUUUUCUCAAAUUGUCAUAUAAUAACUUCAGUGGCCAAAUAUUUCCCACCCAUUUCAAUCUGACUAAUUUAGAAUUUUUACUUUUGGAUAACAAUCACUUUUCGGGAAUGAUCCCAAAGAGCAUCUCAAAAUUAAAUUUUCUUCUGACAAUUGAUUUUAGUAAUAACCAUUUUUCAGGCAUGCUUCCAACGUGGUUGGGGAACAUGUCUUUUAUAUGGGAACUUGUUAUGGCCAAAAAUCAACUUGAAGGUCCUAUUCCAAUCGAGUUGUGCAAACUUGUUAGACUUCAAUUUCUUGACCUUUCCAAGAACAAUCUAUCCGGCUCUAUUCCAUCUUGCUUCAAUUCAUCAUAUCUUACAUCAGUUUAUCUGAAUAAAAAUUUGUUGAGCGGUCCGAUUCCAGGUGCGUUCAAAAACAACUCUAAUCUAGUUACAUUAAAUCUUCGAGAUAACCUCCUAACUGGAAACAUUCCUGAUUGGAUCGGCAACCUCUCAUCCUUGAGCAUUCUUCUUUUGAGAGAUAAUCAUUUAGAAGGUAGGAUUCCAAAUCAAUUAUGCCUUUUGCAAAACUUAAACUUGUUGGAUCUUUCCUACAAUAAAUUUUCAGGUACAAUACCACAUUGCUUGAGUAACAUUACUUUCGUGGCAUCCACCCAAGAGCCUAUUUUUAGAGGUUUUGGGUUACAGUUUUCUAAGUACGAAAUUAGAAUGCCAUAUUUGAAGACAAAAUCAACAAAUAUGAAAGACUGGAAUCAUAUGGGUUAUGUUGAGACAGAAGUAAGCGAGACAGAUGAAGCAGAGUUCACAACAAAGAAUAGAAUUGACUCCUAUCAUGGAGACAUUCUCAACUACAUGUUUGGAAUUGACCUGUCAUGCAACAAGUUAGUAGGUGAAAUCCCACCUCAACUUGGAAUGAUGACCACCAUCCGGGCAAUGAACUUAUCACACAACAAUCUAACUGGACCAAUCCCUACAACAUUCUCAAACUUGAAGCUGAUGGAGAGUUUGGAUCUUUCCUAUAACAAUUUAAGUGGUAAAAUUCCACCUGAAUUGACCGAAAUUACCUUUCUAGCAGUCUUCAGUGUGGCACAUAAUAACUUAUCGGGUACAACGCCAGAAAGAAAAAAUCAAUUCGGGACUUUUGGUGAAAGUAGUUAUGAGGGUAACCCUCUUUUGUGUGGACCUCCAUUACAUGAUUGCACCAAAAUUGGACCUCCUUCUACAAUGCUAGUGGAUCAUGAUGGGGAAGAUGGGGGUAGUUUCAUUGACAUGGCUGUCUUCUACAUAAGCUUUGUGGUGGUUUACAUAACAGUGUUGUUGGGACUUGUCGCAGUUCUCUACAUAAAUCCUUACUGGCGUAGGGCGUGGUUUAACUUCAUUGAGGUGUGCGUUGACAAUUGCUACUGUUUUGUUGUGGUUCAUUACCGUAAGUUGUUCAAUUUCAGGCAUGCAUAGCCUUGCAUUUUAA